AUGGUCAAUGUGAUGAAUCGGCUGGGAUAUGAUCAUUGUGUUUGUAUUCCAUCGAUCGGUAUUAUUGGAGGGUUUUGUGUGGCAUGGAAAAGGGGAAUACAAUGUCAUAUGUUGGAAGAAUUUGCUGAAGGACUUCAUCUAUCUAUUCACAUGGGAGAGAACUUCCCCGAUUGGAGUCUUUAUUGUGUUUAUGGGACCCCAUACUAUUCUCUAAAAGGUUCUUAUUGGAAGUGGUUAUCUGAGACGGUAUCUAAUUGCAAUUCGCCCUGGGUUCUGUUGGGGGAUUUAAAUGUUAUCCUUGACGAUUCGAAGAAAGAGGAAGGCAGAACUUUUCAGAGAAAGGAAGGAGAGUUCCUUAGUAAUUUUUUAUUUGAAGUGGGAGGAGUUGAUCUCGGUUGUGAUGGAGGAAUGUGUACCUGGCAGAAUUCGAGAAUUGCGGAAUCCCGAGUUCGAAAGCGCUUGAACAGGGCUAUUGCUGAUGCUCGAUGGUGUAUUGAAUUCUCUAACGCUCGAGUAUCCAAGUUUCCCAUUAAAGGAUCUGACCAUGCCCCAAUUCUUCUUAAUAUUUGGGGUGAUCAAACUAGAUUAAGAUAUCUGUUCCGUUUCCUUGAGGUGUGGACUUCCAGACCUGACUAUGAUGUGAUCAUCCAGAAUUUGUGGAGAAGAGCUGUUACAGGGGAAGUGGCUGCACAGCUUCAGAAGAAACUUAAAGGAAUGGCUCAUGAUCUCAAAAAAUGGAAUCGUGAAGUCUUUGGAUUUUGUGAUAAACGAUUAAAGGAACUUGCUGCUCAUUUACAGGCGAUUCAAUCGGCACAAAUUUCUCAGUACAAUGUUGAAAGAGAGGCGGAAAUUCAGCUUGACAUUAUUGACAUGGAGGCAAAAAUGGAUAGAAUAUGGAAACAAAAAUCUCGGGAAAAUUGGUUACUAAAUGGAGACGACAAUACCAAAUUCUUCCACAAAUCAACUAUUAUCCGAAGACGACGUAAUUUCAUUGGCAGCAUCGAAGAUGAUCAACGAGUGUGGCUGAGACAAAGAGAAGAAAUAGGAGGCUACUUCCAAACAAAAUUCAAGGCUCUGUAUGAGUCUUCCGAAAAUGAUAUUGGAGAGGACUUCGAGUCUUUAUUCCAAGACAAGGUUAUGUAG